GUGGCCGCGCGGCUCUGGCCCUGAAGCUGCAGGCGCGGGGGUGAAACUGGGGUCCCGGGACCGCCAUGGCCACGCCGCGGCAGCACGUGUUUGUGGGAAAAGUGCUGAAGAGGCUUUUCCCUCGUGUUCCCUGCAGCCGAGAAAAGAGCGCACCUGUGACUCCAGCGUCUGACAAACCAGCCAGGAGAGUGGCCGCUGAAGAGGUCCCCAGGUUGACAGAUGAGGACACCAAGGUCCCACCUCGAAGGCGACUCUACACGGCGAGUUUGCCUCCUGAGGGGUAUGUCCCUGCUCCGCCAGAGCCACGGGGCAGCCCAGCCUCCGAGGACACGUCUGGCAGCGAUGACAUGGGAGGAGGGUGCCAGCUCCCAGAGGAGGAGCUUCCCGAUCCACCAAAGAGAAGAAGGGCGAGAAAGCAUAAAUCCAGGAAGAGUUUUAAAAAUCCCAAUAAUGAUCACACGGAACCAGCAGAAUUAGAGAAACAGCAGAGUCUUUUACAAGAAAAGUCGCAGCCACAGCCCACAGAUGGCCCCACGAUCAGUAGAAAUAAGAAGAGGAAACUGAAGAAAAAGCAGCAGAUGAAGAGGAAGAAAGCUGCGGGUUUACUCACAGCAGCCUCUGGCCGCAACUUCAUGUACCAGCCCGAGGAGGGCGACAGCGAGCAAGGAGCCCCUGCAGACAGCAGCGGGGACGACGAGGGGGACGAUGAGGAGGACCGGGCAGACGUCUGCGGGGAGCACCAGGACAGGACAGAUGCCAACGAGGAAGACGUUAAAAGUACCGAUGAGAAGGCAGAUGGGAUCCUAAACUUUCUGAAGUCGACACAAGAAAUUUAUUUUUAUGAUGGUGCCUGCACGGAUGGGGACUCAGCCGUGUCCCUGGAGGCUUGUCAGGAGCUGCUCCAGCGUCUCGAGGACCACAGCGUGUCCCCCUCCGACGUGCUCCUGGUGGAUGACAUGAAAACACUGUUACUCUUGCGAGACACCACGAGCCUGCAGCGCGCCCUGGAGAGGUUCCCGGCGUGUUGCACCAUGCCGCCCGGUACGUACACGGCCCCUAGGGUUUGCCUCCAAGACCCCGCUUGGCAGCAGAACAGCCCGGGGUGGAGCAGUGGGGCGUGCGCGCAGCUUGUCGGGACACGGGAAUGUGCGUGCUGUAAGCACGACUCAUGGGACGGGCGCAGAAGGACCUGUGCCGUCUGAUCUUCCAGACGGCGAGCUGCGAACCAUUAGGGCCAGACGUCACCCGUUUAAAUGUUCCCCCUUCCCUUCUUCUUUCUCUGCUGUGCUGCUAAGAGGUUAACUUGUUCUGCUGCUGAAUACCUUGGAGACAGAUGAAUUACAAGAUGACUUCUCCCUUGUGCAUCGGCCUUUAUAGGGUACCCAUUCCACACAAACCUCCAGGUGCUGGGCCAGCCAUGCUCAAGUCCUCCCAAUGUCAUGGGGUUGACUUCAUGUCAGUAGCUUGAAAUGGGUGGUGGGGGGAUAUGAGGCCACAGGAGUGUGCAGACAGCCAGGAUCAGAAAGCCAGGGCUUUGUCUGGAGGACCGCCAUGCAGAGCCCCACACCUGACCCACACCAGGCAUGUGGCUGAGUGAAUGGAGCUGUUCUGCGGACUUCUCCAAGAAUGUCAGAGCGGCCACGCUAACCAUUUCUACCCAGAAACCUCAUGGUGCAGCUGGAAGGUCAAGAUUAACAUAGUAUCAGAUCAGGUGAGAGGACGGUAAGGCCAUCCCAGUGUGGCGCAGGGAUGACAAGCAGGGGAGUGACAGGGACUGUCAACAUUUCAUUCUCCAGCUGGGGCUGCCGCUCACCUAGCAGGGGUCCUGGAGAAGCUGCCCCCCAAUGUCCUGAAUUAGCGUGUUUGUUGAACUUCAUCAACGUCUUCCUGUUUCGUGUUCUGUUCUCAGCUGCUGGAUUCUCGGAGAACGGGGCAAACAAAGCCCUGCCCUUGGGUGCUUGUGUCCUGGUGGGGAGACGGGAGACAAGGUCGGGAGCAGACGCCAGUUGUAUGCGCGCUAGACAGGAGGCUCGUGUCCCGGUGGGGAGACGGGAGAUGGGAGACAAGAUCGGGAGCUAGCACCAGCCUUGUGCGCACUAGACAGGAGGCUCAUGUCCCGGUGGGGAGACGGGAGACAAGAUCAGGAGCAGACACUGGCCGUGUGCGUGCUAGAUGGGAUGCUUGUGUCCUGGUGAGGAGACAGGAGACGAGGUUGGGAGGAGACGCCAGCCAUGUGCGCGCUAGAUAGGAGGCUCGUGUCUGGGGGAGGGGAGACAGGAGACGAGGUUGGGAGCAGACGCCGGCCAUGUAGAUGUGAGAUGAGAGUCUGCAGAGAAGGAAAUCCUGCAGGAGGAGAUAUUCUUGCAGCCAGGGACAAACGCACUGGAAUGGAGUGUGGUGGAGGUCAUGUGGGAGCGGGUGGUGGGCACGGACAGACGGGAUGGAGGGUAACGUGGUGGUGGUGUCGGCCCGAGUGCAACAUGGCCCGUGCCAUGGCUACGGGCUUCUGCUCCCAGAUACAAGCAAGACUCCCGGCUCUCAAAUUCAGACCAGAGUGAAGGGUCAGGAGCAGGAGGCUGGGGGCCUAGCUUACAGUGAGAGAAGCCAUCUGGAGGUGUGGAGGUUCAAGGAGGCUGUGCAGGUAAGAGCUGCAGCAUGGCUGUGUGGGCAGGCGUGGGGCCUGAGCCCCUGGAAGAGCCCAGUGGUGGGCUCUGAGCUGUGAUGCUGCAUCGGGCAGUCCCGGGAGAGGGAUCCUCGGGAGCCAGGGUCACAUGGGGCCAGGUGGGAUGCUGGCUGGACACCCAGUGUGGGACUGAGAAUGGGGAAGGUUGCCAGGGGCCACCUUCACAGAGCAGAGAAGGUGGAGGAGAGCGGAGAGCUGUCUGGGGACCCCUGCAGGAGGAGGCGUGGGGAGCCUGGAAGGGAGUGUGCGGUGAGCACCGCAGAGGGGAGGCUGAUGCUCCUGGAGCCCUUCUGUUGAGGGGCCACAGCCUGGCGCAGUUGGGCAGCCGGAGCUUCCUGAGAGGCUUAGCCGGUGUCCGCACUCAGUGCUGGUUCUCCUGAGUGGAGCAGACUUGAGUUUCCAUCAGGUUUCAGCUCAAAUUGCAGAAAGCCAGUUUUAUUAAGUUAAACAAAUAUAAAGUAUUUAUGAGAUAAAAGUAAAUGAUUUUAAAUUCUCAGAAUUUGUGCUGUGUUCCUCCCAUGGAGGCCUUUCUUCUGCGUUUCUCUGUCGUGUGCCGGCAGUUUUCGGCCACACGUGGGGAUUUAGCAGGGAUGUUUCUCUCAGCUUCUUACGUCCACGUCACGGGACAAGUUUCAUCACCAAGCUCGCUCCCUUUCCCCGCUCGGUGGAACUUAACUUACAAGCAGUUGAAGCACUUUUCUUAGAAACAGAGUCCCCGUUAGUGCGCGUAGGAGAUGCGUUCUGAGCUUUUCUGCCCAAAGCUACGUUGUAGACGGAGUGUGUUACGAGCGGUGAGGCCCGUCUUGGGAGGUCGACGUGUCUGACGUGGGCAUGUCGUGGCCUGCAUGGGCAGCAGGCGGUCUGGGAACAGCAGCAUUUGGGGGCAGCACAGGUGCCUCCCCACCGCUCAGCUGUUACCCUACCUGACUCUGGGGGGGUCUGGGCUGCACCCCGGUCAGUCUCCUCACACGGUCCUGCCUGUGUUUGCCAGCUGGGGCAAAGCUGGUGCACAGGAAAGGGGGCUGCCUCCUUGACCCCUUAUGGUUCCAACAUACAGGUGCCACGGGUCCACCAGGAACCUGGGCCUCUACUGCAUGUUGUCCUGUGACCCUCCUCAACGCCUGGUGAGGGAGCGAGAGGUCAGGGGCCAGGCUGCUGGCGGGGGCCGCAGGCACAUUUGGAAUGGCCUCUGCCCUGCGCCUCUGCUCCCAGUGGGUGGGGGCGGAGCUCCCUGCGCAGUUGCCUACAGCGGACCAGGCUGCAGGGGUGCUGGCCGCAGGUGGCUCCCGAGGGCAGUCCACGCUCAGUCGGGGCUGGGAGGCCGCUGUGCGUCGGUGGCAGCCUGUGAGGAGUGUUGAGUGGUUAGGACGCCUGGCACCUGAGCCAGAGAACCUGCACCCAAAGCUGGGCAGGUCCCUGAGGCGGGAGAGGGGCGGGUUGAACCAGAGGCCGGCUGCAGGGCGCAACGGGGUGAUCGCGCUGGUCCUGCGUGUCCACGCCUCUAGGGGCUCCGUCUCCAACCCCUGAGCGCUCCGCUCCCCUGCGUGCCCGCCGCCGCCUCCACUGGGUCUCCAUGCGCCUGUGGCUUCCCCUGAGCACCAGUGGCGACGCUAUUCUGUGGUGGGUUUUCUGAAGGUCCGACACAGCCUGCAGACGGCUGGCUCUUACCCGACAGAAACACCGACCCCCAGGAUUUCUCCGUGUGCCGAGGGCUCACGUGCCGCGGCCGGUAUCACUUCGGCGCUGGAGCCGAGCUUUAUUGGGGUUUCUGCAGGCUCUGCUCAGAGCCAACAGCUAGUUUCUGUAAGACCGACACGGGCCGUCUUUGUCUGGGGUUUUCCUGUGCUACUUUAUUUUCUGUUUUACGUUGUGUGCUUGCUUCCCAGACCAGGCCAGAGUGCUCUCGGCUUUCUUUAAUUACUGGAUCACACACAUCCUUCCCGAGAAACAA